UUAUCAUUAGUACCCAUCCGCUUGAGGACAGUUACCCGGCAUGAUUCGUAAUCAAAAACUGGUUAUUCGAUGAUAGUACACCUUAACCAAAUCGUUUCGUACCAUUUAUACGUUUACGAUUCGUGCGUCUGCACUAAAAAUGGUCAGUUUUAGGUUACUUUUAGUGUUAUUUUGCUUUCGGGUAAUUGACGCGCAAUUAGAAGGAGGAUUAUUGGGACUUUUAAAACCAGACGGCGUGCAAAUUUCACUUCCAGGACUACUCGGUUUGACCGAUAAGAGAAAAUCGACAACUGCAACUACCACCACAACCUCAACUACCACCACAACCACAACCCCCGCACCGUUAACCCAAGCGUCGGUGACAAGCAAGAAACCUACGGGACCCGCAGCUGCUUGUGGAUAUACACCGACAUUUGUGAACGGAAAAAGAAGUUGUCGCGGUAAAUUGAUCUUUCAGGAUGGUUUUUCAAAAUUGGCUGGCAAGUGGUUCACCGAAAAUCGAUUUGCAGGCGAACCGGACUAUGAAUUCACUAUUUACCAAGGGAACGCCGAAAAUUUGUACCUAAAUAAGAACAAGCUCCACAUUCGACCAACGCUUACCGACGACAAGUACGGCAAUGGUUUCGUCACUGGAGACCGCGAACUUAAUCUAGGCGAUACCUGCACGGGCCGGCCAGCAACGGAAGACUGCGUGCAAAGACCAAGAGCGUGGAUGAUCGUUCCACCUACAAUCUCAAGCAUGAUCUCCACAAAAAAACAUUUCUCUUUCCUCUACGGUAUUGUAGAAAUUCGAGCUCGACUCCCGAAAGGAGAUUGGAUAUAUCCACAGUUGUACCUGAAGCCCAAAAGCGAAUUCUAUGGCGCAGGCUACGAGUCGGGCCUAAUCAAAAUAGCGCACGUGGCUGGUAACGCGAACAUGAGCAAAACUCUGGCCGGUGGCGUGAUUUUAAGUCAGUCGGACUUCGGCAGGAAUUACGGAAUUAAAAACGUUUCCUCGCCCACGCAUUGGAAUCACGAUUUUCACGACUUCAAAAUUGUUUGGACCGCCGACUCGAUCACCUUCACGGUCGACGAUGAAGUCUACGGCGUAGUUGAACCGCCUGAAGACGGAUUUGGUAGCUUGUCAGACUUGGAGCACAGUCCAGAAGUACUGGAGAAGUGGAAGCAGGGAUCGAAAAUAGCACCGUUCGACAAAGAGAUGUAUUUGGUGCUAGGAAUUGGGGUUGGUGGCCAACUCUUUCCGGACUCCGAAGGCAGUGCAAAACCAUGGGAAAAUUUUGAUCCCAAAGGACCGUUGAAUUUUUACAAGGCGAGGGAUGUAUGGAAAAAGACUUGGGGCGAUACCAGCGAUCUAGUUAUCGACCAAGUUAAAGUUUGGGCGUUAUGAUGAGGAAAUUGCAAUGUGCAUUAAAGCAAUUGAUAUUUUA